AUGAUGGCACAGAAAGGGGGGAGGGAGGAUCAGGGCACACAAGAGGUUCGACCGGUGGUUGCGACUGCAGCAGUAGCAGCAGCGGCAUUGGAGCAACCAGGAGCACGGGCAGCGGCAGGGCGCUGCUUGGAGCGAAGCCUACGAGACGGAGGGGGAGGGACCGGAUGGGGAAUGGACGAGAGGCAACCAUCCAGCGAGGAGGAACGGCGCCAUGAUUCUCCUGCUAGCUUCUUCCAGCCUCGCUUCCUCUUCCUUGCCUUCCUUCCUCGCCUCACCUCCAGCACUCGAGGGGCAGUGAUCACCACCAGUGGCUGCAGCAACGCAGGGAUCACCAGUGGCUGCAACAGCUGCGGGAUGAUAGCGAGCACACAAGGAGUUAAUGAUGGGCAGGCCAGCACGCAAGGAAUAUCAGACCAACACAGCAGGAGCACCACGCCUGGAGCACCACGCCUGAAAGCAAUGGCGACACCUCAAGUGAAGGCAUGGCGCAGGAGUGGGCGAGUGGCAGACGGAGCGUGGUCAGGCUCCAGGGCGUGGAGUGCGGUGUGGUUCGAGAACUUGCCUGUGCGUCGGUGGGAUGGGGACAACAUCCGCUGCUUGCUUCUCGAAGACAAGAGGUAA